CACCCACAAGCCGAAGGGGGUUGCCGUACGGGGAGCGCAUUGCUGGAAGGCGACGGGCAGCGGACAAUGGCGAGCAUGGCAUCGCGCUAAAGGGAGCCUUCUGGAUUGUAUAUAAGGGAUAGACCCAGCCCCAGCUCUGCCUGCAAUUCAUCCACUUCUCCUUUCCAGACUUCUCCCUCUGUUAACCGUUUCCCUUUCACAUCUUCACAUUCUCUACCAUCUUUUGCAAGGGAAAAAGGAACAACACUGCCAAAAUGUCUUCGAAUCAGCAAACCUCUCCCCCCCACCGCUUCGAUCCCAACUUCACAGACUCGGUCAUCAAUGCCAUUGGACCCAACUGUGACCCCCGCCUACGCUUCGUCAUGUCCUCGCUGAUCCGCCACCUCCACGACUUCACACGCGAGGUCGAGCUCACGGUGGACGAAUGGAUGGCCGGCGUCAAGUUCAUCAACCUGAUCGGCCAGACCUCGACUCCCACACGCAACGAGGCGCACCGCAUGUCGGAUAUCCUGGGUCUUGAAUCCCUCGUCGACGAGAUUGCACACAAGCACGUCAACGAGUCGGGCGAGGAGCCCACCUCGUCCUCCAUCCUGGGCCCCUUCUGGUCGCCCAACGCCCCCUUCCGCGAGAACGGCGACUCCAUCAUCCAGGACCCGCACAACGGCCAGGUCGCCCUCAUGCACGGCGUGAUCCGCGACCUCGACACCAAGAAGCCCAUUCCGGGUGCCGUCAUCGACAUCUGGCAGGCCUCCAGCAACGGCCGCUACGACUUCCAGGACCCGGAGAACCAGACGCCCAACAACCUCCGCGGCAAGUUCAGGUGCAACGACAAGGGCGAGUACUGGUUCUACUGCCUCAAGCCUACCGCUUACUCCCUGCCGACAGAUGGUGCUGCCGGAGUGUUCUUCAAGGCCCUCGAUCGCCACCCGAUGCGGCCCGCACACAUCCACCUCAUGAUCACGGCCGACGGCUACAAGCCCGUCACCACCCAGCUCUACCCCAGAGAUGACCCCUACGUUACCAAUGAUACCGUCUUCGCUGUCAAGGACGAUCUGCUCAUUGACUUCAAGCCCCGCGAGGGCGACGCCAAGGCCACGCUGGACCUGGAGUACAACGUGACACUGGCACCCAAGCAGGGGAAGACGGCCUCGCGGGAACCCAUCUACGCCCGCAUCGCCGCCCGCCGCGCCCCCCGGCCCCUCAUCCCCCUCGACCUCGCCCUCCUGCACAACCCCGCCAUCGCCGACGGCUGGAACUCGUUCAUCGGCGCCAUCCGCACGCAAACGACGCUCUCGGCCGCCAUCAAGGAACUCGCCAUAUCGCGCAUCGCGGUGCUGAACCAUGCCGUGCACGAGUGGGACGUGCAUGCCGCGCUGGCGCUGAAGGCGGGCGUCACGAGGGAGGGGUUGCGGACGGUGUUUACGGCGGAGGUGAUUCAGCGGGGGGAGAAGAUGAGAGAGGAGAAAGAAGAAGGGGGGUUGAGUAGGGAGCAGUGGGUGCUGUUGGCGUAUACGGAUCAGAUGACGAGGGGGGUCGAGGUGGAUGAUGGGGUCGUGGAGGCGCUGAAGGGGUUUCUGAGCGAGAGGGAGGUGGUCGAGUUGACGGCGACCGUGGCCGCGUAUAAUUGCCCGCAUCCCAAACCCGUCUUCUGGCUCGCCGCCGGCCGCCGGCAUGCCUCGACCAAACAUCCCAAGGGCUUCGUGCCGCCGACCCAGGCGGAACUGCAGGAGUUGCGGGAGAGCGUGCAGGAUUUUACUCGUCGCGAAAUCAGGCCAGAGGUAGCCGCGAGAACAGAUGCCGAGAACGCGUUCCCCAACGACAUGUGGAAGAAGCUGGGCGACGCGGGGUUCCUGGGUAUAACUGCGGAUGAGGAGUACGGAGGUCUGGGGAUGGGGUAUCAGGCUCAUUGUGUGGUGAUGGAGGAGAUAUCAAGGGCGAGCGGUAGCAUAGGACUCUCAUACGCAGCCCACUCGCAGCUCUGCGUCAACCAGCUCAUGCUGAACGGGACACCGGAGCAGAAGAAGAAGUUCCUCCCCGGACUGAUAUCCGGCGAGGAGAUAGGCGCGCUCGCCAUGUCGGAGCAUUCGGCCGGGUCGGACGUGGUGAGCAUGAAGAUGACGGCCAAGGAGGUUGAUGGCGGAUACGUGCUCGACGGCACCAAGAUGUGGAUCACCAAUGGCCCAGACGCACACACCAUAAUCGUCUACGCCAAAACCCUCCCGCAAGCCGGAAGCAAAGGCAUAACGGCCUUCAUCGUCCCGACCACUACCUCCCCCGGCUUCUCCUGCGCCCGCAAACUCGACAAACUCGGCAUGCGCGGCUCCAACACAGGCGAACUCAUCUUCGACUCCGUCUUCGUGCCGCACGCCCACGUCCUGGGCCCCAUCAACCGCGGCGUCCACGUCCUCAUGGAAGGCCUCGACCUUGAGCGCCUCGUCCUCAGCGCCGGUCCCUUAGGUCUGAUGCAAGCCUGCCUCGACACCGUCCUACCCUACGUCCACCAACGGAAACAAUUCGGCGCUCCCAUCGCGCAUAAUCAACUCGUCCAGGGGAAACUCGCGGACAUGUACACCAAGAUGCGGGCGUCGAGCAGCUUCACCUACGCCGUGGCGCGCGCCGUCGACGAGAGUUACCAGGAGCCCCAGAUACGCACGCAGGAUUGCGCGGGCGCGAUCCUGUACGCGGCCGAGCGCGCGACCGAGUGCGCCCUCGAUGCCGUGCAGUUGAUGGGUGGGAUGGGGUAUAUGAAUGAGGUCCCCGUGGGCAGGAUCUUGCGCGAUGCAAAGUUGUAUGAGAUUGGGGCGGGGACGAGCGAGGUGAGGAGGAUGGUCAUUGGGAGGGCGUUUAAUCGUGAGUUUGCGCAGUGAGGGGGUUGGGGGGGAGAGUGAAUAGGGUCUCGGAGGCCAGAGGAUCCAGUGGAUCUGGGCACGGGCUUCUGAAAAGAGAUACAAUUGACCUUGAGCGGCGAGUGCGGGCUUCUUGGGUUGCGUGUUCUAUUACCUCUUCGCAUCUGUAGAUGAGUUGUGCUUGUCCGUGUGCGUCUGGCGCCCUUAACUCACGCCCAAACUUGUAACCACAACUUGCCCUCAGGCAAACCCCAUGUACGAGAUACGCUUCCGAUACAAAUCACCAAAAGCAAAGUAGAGCAAAGC